AUGGUGCAGCUGUCUCCCCCUGCUCCGGGUGUGACCCCUCCCCCUGAGCGCCCAGCAGAGGGGCGGGGCCGCCCGGAGAGCCCGGUAACACAGGUGUGCUCACUACAGGUGAGCUCACCACAGGUGUGCUCCCUGCAGCUCAGCCUGGAGGGCUCCACCCUCUACUAUGGCUAUGACGCCUAUAUAGAAGAUGGUCUCAUCUGCCUCAAACACAAAGUCCGCAAUCUGGAGAAAAAGAAGCUGAAACUUGAGGAUUACAAGAAGAGGCUGAACUGGGGUGAGGACCUUAACAAGGAUCAGAUGGAGGCUGUAGAAAAGUACGAGGAGGUGCUGCAUAAUCUGGCCUUUGCACGGGAGCUCCACACAAGCCUGGAUGUCCUGACUCAGAGUUUGCUGAGAGCCCAGAAGAAGGCAAUGAGGAAGGAGCAGAUGGUGAGGGAGGAGACGGAGAGGAAGCGUCUGUGCACUGUGCUGCAGAUCCAGCACCUCCUCCAAUGCAUGCAGCAGGAGCACGUCAGGAGAGACCUGCUGGCUGGACACAACCAGGCGCCACACAUGGCUGCCCAACAGCUGCUUACCCUGAGUCAGCUUGCUGCCCCGCUUGGGGUCAAGAGGGAUAACAGACUAAGUUUAGAGGAGCAGAUGGAACAAGCGGCUCUGGCCUAUUUGGACCUGCUAGAUGGGAAAGACAAGCCAGUGGCUGGAUCCACAUUUAAGCUUUUCAAAGAAGAGCUCACCAGGCUGUUGAACUGCAAGUACUUCAGCUGUCUUCCAUGUCCACCCAACAAGUCUCCUGAGGUGUUACUGAGGUCAAACAGCAACAGCACCACAUCAAAACCAAAAGAAGUUUCUAAGGGGGUAAGACUGAUAUCCAAUCAUGACUUCCAGACAAGGGAGCGGGAGCCUCCUGACUGCUGGGAUAUGGAGUUUUCAGAUGGACCUGGCUCACCUCAAGCUGCAGUCAACAAACCAUGGAGAGGAGCUGCCACUUUUAUCCCCAAGGUCCCAGUCAUCACCAAGAAACAAUAUAUUGACUGCAAACCGAGAAAAGAAACUGGGGCUAAAAGCAAGCACCAUCCCAAAUCGGCAGUUCACAUGGAUAUGCCUAUGGACGUUUGUAUCUCUCCAUCUGCCUUACCCAAAGACCCUGUACUGAGGAAACGGCACCUAGACGACCUAAUGACAAAGAUCCAUGGCUCCUUCAGCUUUAUGCAGGACUCUCUUCUGGGUGGUGAUGUCUCCCCUACAAACGACCGUCCAAGACUGAAGAGACAGCCGUCUGGAUCUCCAUUGCCUCUGGAUCACACAGACUUCAGAAGCCCAGUCGAUGUCCUGCCAAAAGCAAUGCAUUCCACCCCACUGCCUACCAGGCUUCUGGAGCACAAAACCAGUCUGACAAAUGAGGAUCAUUGCCUGGAGGUCUGUGACCUGAAGCUUUCCUCAACGGACCUACCUCAUAUCCCAGUAACCAAGUCAAGGGAGCAUUCCCCCUGUAAUGGGUUGGCAUCUUGCAACUCCACCCCCCCUCAGGGACAAACUUUCUCUACACCCCCCACCAGGCGAUCUCUGACAUCUGCCCAUUUUCAUAGCAUCCAGCCAAUCUCCAAGGCUAAAGCCUCCUUACCUCAGAAUGGGGAAUUGAUCUUCAAACCAGACUCUACUGUUUUUGAUAAGCCCAGGUACAGCACCGCCAGUACCCAAACACCACCUGAGUUUGCUCCCUCAGAAGAUGAAACACAGUCGGUGUACCAGUCUCAUUAUACGGUGGGUGAUGUUGGACCAAUCUUCCUGUCCCCUGGCCAGUCAGGUGGCAGCGUAGGUCAUCCCAGCCAGUCGUACUACACCAGAGGACCAGUGAGAGGAGGAUCCUACACCCCCCAGACUGAUCUAAGGGACUCUGGCCCUCUCCUCUAUGCUGCUAGAGACUCUGAUUAUCAACAAAGCUAUAGACAAGGAUGUGGGAGGCAUAACUCUAGUGCAGCCUGGAGUGAUUCUUCCCAGGUUAGCACACCAGACCGGGAGGGAACUUUUACAAUUGUGGACUCGGGUCAGGGCGAUUCCCUUUCGGUCUCCACCGUGGAGGUUCCACUGACUCCCCAUGGCCACCAUCACACCCUGCUUCCCAUGCAACUCUACCCGCUCUCCCAGCCGCUUAGAGUGGCCUUCAACGCCUCUCGCACUGCCAACUUCGCCCCAGGAAACCUGGAUCAGCCCAUUGUGUUUGACCAGCUGCAUAGCAACCUAGGGGAGAUGUACGACACCCACAUUGGCCGCUUCACCUGCCCUGUAAAUGGAACCUAUGUCUUCAUCUUCCACAUUCUGAAGCUUGCCAUCAACGUACCCCUCUACAUUAACCUCAUGCGCAACGAAGAGGUGAUGGUGUCUGCGUAUGCCAACGAUGGAGCCCCAGAUCAUGAGACUGCCAGCAACCAUGCUAUCCUGCCUCUCUUCCAAGGAGACCAGGUGUGGCUCCGGUUGCAUCGCGGUGCCAUCUAUGGCAGCACCUGGAAGUAUAGCACUUUCUCUGGCUUCCUGCUUUACCAGGAUUGAACUUUAGUCGAUAUUGUGACUACUUGACAUAAACCAAAUUUUGAUUCCCAAUGAAUGUGUUGUUCACGAUGGGGUGCUGCCUGCAACUGUGAUACUAGUACAACUGGUGACAUGUCGUCUGCUGUAAAUCAACAAUAGCAUAUCACCUGUUCAGAUUUCUGUGAAUGUGAAUGUUGUGAAUUUGUGCCUUGUUUUUCUGAAUGGCUUUGGAUGACUGACCAGAUGUUAAAUGGCUAAUGAGCUGGAAUUGGCUGAUUUUUCGAAUGAAUUAUAACUGACUCUACUAUUAGCAUCUCACUUGCUGCUGGGCUCCUCUGGAAUCUGUCUCAGUAUGUGAAGCUGAGAAAAGGAAGGAUUGUGUUAUUGGUGGUGGGUGGGUAUGGUGUUGAACACUGAGGCCAAAUUGUUGCACUGGACAACUGUGGAGAAAUGGAAGUGGUCCCUUCAUGUGCCUGAAUUUAAAAAAAUAAAUAAUUUGAG